AUGGAUGAAGGAACUUUAGUUAGGCUAUCACCACUGAGGCCUGGUGGAGGCAGCGGUGGUGGUGGUGGCGGCGGCUUGAACUCAUCAUCGUCGGGGAAAUUAACUCCGAGGGAUUCCCCUUCUUCCAGGAGAUUAAACUCGGGCCAAACUCCUAGAAGAGAAGCACGUAGCGGUGUGUUUAGCUCUCACUGUCUUAGAAGUAACCGCAUUGUCCUUUGGUUUGGGCUUACGCCGGAUUCUAUUUCCAGUCGAAAUGGGCCCACGGUGACAACAAGGAAGAUCUCUUCAGCGGUGGCUAUAGCGGCGAAUCGGGCGGUGAUAAAUCCGAACCGCAGAUCAAGAAUCGGAGGAGGGACUAACACUACAUUGGAUAAAAACAAGCCCUCGAUGAGAAGUAGGAGAUCUCUACGUAGGAAGAGACCAGUCAGUAGUAAGCCAAAGGCGAUGAUUGCAGACGAAGUGGAAUGUGAAGUUGAUUUGAAGGGAGCUUUUGCUCGUUUAGUUUGGUCAAGAAAGUUUGUUUUGAUCUUCCAUGAGCUGUCUAUGACUGGAGCUCCACUCGCCAUGACUGGAUCUUCCAUGAGCUGUCUAUGA